AUGUAUGUCUAUCGCAACAGCGAUCUCCCCCCUGACCCUCACUUCCCUGCCGACCUCGAGAAAUUAGGGUAUACUCUCACAGAAGACGACAAGAUCCGCAGUAGCACCGACCUGCAGACCGAAUUCAAGUACAAAAUCAACAGGAAUGAUCGCUACAAUGUCAAAAACCGCGAAGCCAUGGAUGAAUGCAUCCGUAAAAUCGUCUUGAACCGUAUCCAGGAAGCUGGCCUCGAGAUUUGGCGAGUUCCCUUUGGCAACGGCCCUCAAGAGUCCAAGGCACCUACCGACGAACCGCAUGUGCCGAUUCUGGUUUCUAAGAACCUGUUUAAGGCGGCCCGUAUCAUCGUGGUCUUCGGCGAACCUGUCCAGGACCUGGGUAUCUGGGCCUAUCGCUGUAUUGGAGACGACGGAAUCAACUUUGGCUCGGCUGUCGACUUCACUAAGGGUAUUCUUAGUGAGCAUAACGACAAAUCGGGCACGGCUCUUGUGAUUGCCAAUACUGGUCAGUUACUCUGGCACUGUGCCUCCUCUCGUGCUGUCACGCAGCGAACCUGGGAGGCAGCGGAUCGACCUGCUGGACCAUGGGGCCAAGCUACUCGCUCCUGGCGCAACGUGAUUCCCGGGAACAAAGACUGGCGGGAGCAUAUUCAGUACGUCUUUGACCAUGUCCUGUGGCCAUGGCUGGACAAGAAGUGCCGUGUUGAUGUGAUUGGCGUGUCUGAGGGUGGACAGGGUGCUCUCGAGUACCUACAAAAGCGUUGGGCUGUGUGGAAACCAUAUAUCUCGGGCAUCUGUCUCGGCAACCCGCUCCAGUCUACCGCAGUAGAUCUCGAUAUGAGCACUCUGACCGACCCCGAGUCCUUCACUGCAUUCCUCGCCUCUCGUGGCCGCGCAUACGUCCUUUCUUCCGACAAGACUGGCAAGUUCCAAUCUGGCUACCGUGAUCACGGUUGUAACUGCUACGCCUCUGGGGAGGAGCUCAACGUCGAAUGCAUCAUGCCGCAUGCCUGGCGGGAUAUGCUGGCCUGGCUUGACAUGCUUUACCAGAACCCCGAUUACGCCGAGCAGGUUAUGAUCAGGGCUGAGGAUAUGGACGAGGAGACCCGUGAGGCCCUUGAGAAUAUGACGGUCCCGGAUGAGGACGAUGUGAAAGCUGAGGAUGACGUGGAGGCUGAUGAAUCUGUUCCGGCUGAGGUCAAGCCCGCAGAGUUUUAG